GAAGUAAAUUUUUAUGUUUUUUGUUUGUUUUGUUUGUGCGAGAGAAAUAUUGCCUGAAACAUAGAGAGAGAGAGAGAGAGAGCGAACGAGCGAGAAGUGGUGCUAGUUGUCGAACCACAUGAACACAAUGCCACCGGAAAUGUCCACAACAACGGUUGUAGCACCCGUUGGAACAGCGCCCGCAGGCAUCAUUGCAUCCAGCGCCGUCGGCAUGCCGCGUGAUUCGCCACCAGCCACGGUCGGAGCAGCAAUUGGCGCCACAACCACCGCCCAGGCGACACGUUCGCGUUUCAUGAUCACCGAUAUAUUGGCGGGUAGUGCCGCCGCCGCUGCUGCUGCUGCUGCCGCCGCUGCGGCAAUGGCUGCUGCCUCAUCAUCAUCAGCCUCAUCCGGACGACGUAGUGGCUCAUUGACGCCACCCGAAACCGAUUGCUAUGACCAUCGGGAUAGGCUUAAGGAACGCGAUCGUGAUCGUGAUCGAGAGCGGGACCAGGUGGCUGCUGCGGCUGCUGCAGCGGCAGCGGCGGCGGCAGCCGCUCAUCAACAUCAUCAGCAACAGCAGCAACAAUUGCAACAUUAUCUGGUGCAACAGCAGCAACUUUUGCGCUUUGAGAGGGAACGGGAACGUGAACGUGAACGUGAACGUGAGCGGGAACGGGAACACUAUCGUGAACGGCAUUCACCGACGAGCAAUGCCCUACACUCACAUCAUCAGAUGGCUAACCAUUUACCUCCCAGUGCGCUUUUGGCACAUUUUCCGGCCUCCCACUAUGCCAUACAUCCGCAUUUGGCAUCAGCUCAGCCGCCGCCGCCGCCGCCGCCGCCGCCGCCCUUGGGCCCACAUCCGCAUCAUGGCCAGCAUCCGCAUGCUCAUCCCCAUCAUCCGCAUCAUGCCCAGCAACAACAACAACAUCAUCAUCUUCAGCUGCAACAAUUGGAGGCGCUGCAUCGCCAGCACGAUGAACGUUCGCGUUCACCUUUAACACUCCAACAAUUGGGCAAUAAUAAUAACACAAAUACGAAUAAUAAUAAUAACAACAACAACAACAACAAUAAUAGUGUCAGUAGCUCUCAAAAUGGCAAUGCAAGCGGCGUUCUUCUUGGCGCCGGCACUGGCAGCAGCAUUAGCGGUGAUCAGGCCAGCACAAUUGAUGACAGUGAUAGUGAUGAUUGUGGUGGCAAAGAUGAUGAUGGUGAGGAUAGUAUUAAGAAUGGCAAUGGAUCGGCCAAUGGUGAUUCAUCUUCACAUUUAAGCUUGAGUUUGAGUAAAAAGCAACGUAAGGCACGGACUGCAUUUACGGAUCAUCAGCUACAGACUUUGGAGAAAUCGUUUGAGCGUCAGAAAUAUUUGAGUGUUCAGGAUCGUAUGGAAUUGGCGAAUAAGUUGGAAUUGAGUGAUUGCCAGGUGAAAACUUGGUAUCAAAAUCGCAGAACUAAAUGGAAAAGGCAAACGGCUGUGGGAUUGGAAUUACUUGCCGAGGCUGGCAACUAUGCGGCUUUUCAGCGUUUGUAUGGCGGUGCCACGCCCUAUUUGAGUGCUUGGCCAUAUGCAGCCGCUGCUGCGACACAAUCACCGCAUGGCGGUGCCCCGCCCUCAGCAAUUGAUAUCUAUUAUCGUCAGGCAGCAGCGGCAGCUGCCCUGCAAAAGCCAACGCUGCCCGCCUCCGCCUAUCGGAUGUAUCCGACCAGCAUGCCGCCCGGCAUGGCCAUACCAGGAAUGCCACCGCCACCGACUGGCCUGGGUGGCUACUAUGCAGCCGCAGGACAGGCCCCACCAGCUCCACCCCAACUACCGCCGCCGCCACCCUCAUCGGCGGCAGCCAGUCAAUUGAUGGGCCAGCGAUCCGAACGUUCGCCGGCCACCAGCCAGAGCGCCAAUAGCGAAACGGAUGGAGACAGGGAACGUGAAAGCGAAUCGUUACGUGGCCUAACGAUGUCUGAUGCUGGGGCGGAGGGCAUACAUUUGCAAUCGCCCAGUCCACCACUGAAUCCGGGUAGUCCACCGCGUCGCGAGAGGGCAAUGUUAUUGGAGCACGACGUCGACGAUGAUGACGGCGAUAUAGAAGGAGACGAUGAUGGAGGCGGCGGUGGCGGCGGCGGCGGCGGCGGCGAUGAGGCUCUGGGGGAAAGAGGUUCAAGGAAAAUACUGCGUAGCGAUAACGAUGAUGAGGACGAUAAUAGUGAUGAGGACGAUGAGGAUCUGGCUCUUGAGGUGUGAGUGCUCUGUCUCUGUGUAAAAACAACAAAAAAACUGGCUUUAAGCUGGAUCUCAGAUUGUAACUAAAAAUAUACACAAAUAUCUAUAUAUAGAUACAAACAUACAUA